UAGCCACUGUCAAGACUCCUGUAGUGGCAUUGACAAUGAUAUCAUUGCCUGCAUUCCCUGAUAUGAUGGCAUAGCUGUGAGCCCCACUUGCUGUGUCUAGGGAGAACGCAUGCACUAUUCCAAACAGCGACCCGACUAGAGUAUACUCCGAGAGUGUAAAGCUGAACGUAUCCCUCUCAAAGACCGGUAGUACCUUGUAAUCUGGUUCUGCUAUGACAGUUAACUCAGCUUGGACACCCUCUGACCCUAACUCAGCCUCUACCUGAAGUACCCAACUUUGCAGUGCUACAAAGAUUGGCCAACUGCAAUCUCUCUUUGUGUGCGCGCGCCUGCCGGGCUGCAAUCAACAAACUGACUUCCGGUAUGUGAAACCACGCCCAUAUAAUUACUGUGGCAAAAUGAGAACGACCUCUCUGUUUUUUCUAGCUCGUGGGAGCAAGGCUGACUGGCAUAGAGCUAAAGAUCGAAAGUUCAUUGACUGGAAGAAGGUGAAAGUGAUUGGAGGCAAAGGAGGAGAUGGUUGCGUCAGUUUCAUCAGGACACGUCGUAUCAAGUUUGGUUCGUCAGACGGAGGUGAUGGAGGGGCAGGGGGAAGUGUGGUGGUGGUUGCAGAGCCGUCAGUACGCAGUCUGUCAGGUCUGAGGCCUCACUACCGGGGCAGGAAUGGGGACAGGGGAAGUGGUGGGUACAGGCUUGGAACCUCUGGGAGAACUGCUAUCAUAAAGGUGCCCCUGGGGACAGUGGUGAGAGAUUCGGCCACAGGAUCAGUAUUGAGGGACCUGCUGGAGGAGGAGAAGGUCUGUGUACUGGCCGAGGGAGGGGAGGGAGGGGUGGGGAAUGCUGCAUUCGCCACGGCUGCCUCCAGACGCACCAGAGAGUUUACAGAGGGUGGUCCAGGGGAGGAGAGAGAGGUGGAGCUGGAACUGAAGACUAUUGCUGAUGUAGGCAUGGUCGGAUUCCCUAAUGCAGGCAAGUCAACUCUUCUGCGGGCAAUUUCUCGAGCCAAACCACGCGUUGCCUCGUAUCCCUUCACCACCCUCAACCCCCACAUUGGGAUGGUAGAGACCAGCAAUGGGGCUCAGGUAGCUGUAGCUGACAUCCCUGGCCUUGUACCCGGAGCUCACCUGAACAAAGGACUGGGAUUGUCAUUUCUGAGACACGUGGAGCGCUGCAAGUCACUCGUGUACAUACUGGACGUCUCCAGCAGUGAGCAUGACAUGGUCACUCAGCUGCGCAUACUGCAGAACGAGCUAGACUGUUACCAACCUGGCAUGAACCAAUGUGCCAGACUCGUUGUGGCCAACAAGAUGGAUGUUUUGGACAGAGUGGGGAAUGAGAGUAUGAGCUCACUGGCGCGGGUGACUAGACUGCCUGUUUUGCCGGUGUCCGCACUCCACGGCUGGAACAUUGAUGUACUCAUGAAAGCACUCACAACUGACAAUCAAAGUUAUGCAGUGUAACUUUUAUAUUACAAAGAUAUCACUUUUUCUAAAUGGGAUAUAAAGAUGUUA